AUGACAGAAUCGAAUUUCGACCCAGGAUCCUUCCAGUACGACGAUAUCGAACCUCUGCCUAUCGCAAGCCACCAAAAGGAUGAACUGUGCCGAAUCCUGUACGAUGACGAGUACCGCGAAGUCAUGGGCAUUGCCAGAGCACUUCUGAAGAGGCUAGAGCUCUCGCCAAGAGCACUACACGCUACGUCUCAGGCCAUAUCUCUGGUGCCAGCUUUUUACACGAUGUGGAACUACCGCUUUCAGAUCGUCAAGCAGCUCUUCGGUGGCGACCCCGCAAAACUCAACGGUGAACUGGACUGGCUGGACGAGUUCACGCUGAACAACCCGAAAAACUACCAGAUCUGGUCCUAUCGCCAGGCUCUCUUGCAACUGCACCCGGCCCCGCAGUUCGUGCGGGAAUUGCCCAUCCUGCAGGCCAUGAUCGACGACGAUACCAAAAACUACCACGUCUGGUCCUAUCGCCGCUGGUGUGUGCUGUUUUUCCAAAACUUCGACAGAGAACUGCAGUUUAGCUCUGGCUUGAUUACCCGCGACGUCUACAACAACAGUGCGUGGUGCCACCGCAUGUUUGUAUUGAAGUCUCAGUUCAAAGCCAAGCCGCCGCUCGCGCUUGUAACCACCGAGAUCCACUAUGCCAAGGCCCAAAUAGAACUCGCCCCACAAAACAUCAGUCCCUGGAACUAUCUGCGGGGCCUGUAUCAAGAAUUUUUGGACGGCGAAUUCGAUUCAGAAAUUACCGAUUUCGCACUCACCUUCACGUUGGGCGUUUUUGAUGAUCCCAACCACUCUGCUCCCAUCUUAUCUUCGCAUGCUCUUGAGUUUUUGGCCCAUAUCUACACCAAACAUCAAGAAACCUACGGCCGUGCCCGGUGCGCGUACCAAGCGUUAUCCAAAGUUUACGACCCAAUCAGAGCCAAUUUUUGGAACUACAAGAUUAGAUCGCUGCUAGCAUAA